AUGCUGGGGGUAGCCAGAAACGGUUCUAUUGAAAGCAAUGUGCGACCCUUGCUCUGUACCCAGGAGCCCAGAGACUCCGGAGGCUGGCGCGGGCUGCUGGGGAAGCCCUGCCAGCAGCCUCCCGCUCGCCAGGAGCAUCUCCCCAUCCGUGGUUUCCGAGACCAGCUCUGUCUCUCCGCCAUCCUCAAGUCCUCCGACAUUUUUCAGAGACAGGGAGGUAAAGAAAGAAGAAAAUACCACCCCGAGGUGCCCGUUCGGUUGGACACUGUUAAUUUCACAUUCGGUUUGCUAACAAGCAGCCGACCAAAUCGGCGGGACCUUGAGCCCCCGCGGGGUCUCCCGCCGCCGCCGCCGCCCCCCCCCCCCCCCGCGCCGGCCCUCGCUCGGAUCCCCAAGGCGCCCGGCUCUCCGCUGGGGGAACCCGACCCGAGGUUCCCGGGGCGGGCAGGACGCUCGCCCAGCGGGUCCGCAGCAACCGGAGGGCAACGAGCGCACCGUGCCGAGGCUGCAACGCGGGAUUUAACUUCUCAAACCCGCGGCGCGGCCCCCGCUUCCUCCCGCGGUCUCUGGGGCGGCCCAGAGGACCCCCCCCCGCCCCCGCGUCGGCAGACUCCCCCGCCGGCGCAUAGACAGUUGCACUCUCCGCCCCCUCUUUCCUUCCCCUCCGCACCCACCCCCUACUACCUUAAAAAAAAAAAUGCACCCAUCGGUGCAAAGCAGACAUUUUGA